AUGUUGAGCAUUCCCUCGUGUGGUGCGACGUGGCAGACCCGUAUUGGAGGAUCAUCUGUCACGUCUUUUUGCCUCAUUUCCUCAUUGGCUAGAGGGAGGUUAAGGCGCGGUUGUGCACCUCAUACUAGUGAUCUUCGCGUUGGCGAAGGCCCGACCUUAACCUCGGACUUCGUCCGACUGGGUUCUGACCAGGCCAAGCUUGUCGUUAGUUUGACUUUUCCUUUUUUGACGUUCUCCCUGAGAGGUGUUGAAGCCGAGAUUUCCUUAGAGAUGGUCCUGCGUGGUCACUAUCGGGGUAAGCUUUGCCACUGGGAGAUCGAUCUUUUAGAGGCUCUUCGCCCUCUUGUGUCUAAAAAACGCAUGCGAGAAUUUGCUGGAUUUCUCUCAAUAGAAGGAGGAAAUACUUGUUCCAGCGGACCAACCUCGCAUUCCCGACUGGCUGUUGGGGUUGUUUCCCCAGUUCAUUUACCGGCUCCGGCUUCUUUUGGUUUGCCUGUGGGGUCGGAUGAGGAGACUGAAUCUGAUGAUGCAUGCCUCUAUCCUCGCAAGAUGCAUAAGACUGUAUCUGUGGCCAAGCUACUUGGUGGUAUCGACGAUGUUCUUGGUGAUAGAUUUUUUGUGCCUGGGCAGAAAGAGAAAGAGGUGGUGCCUAGUUCUUCAAUGACACCUCCUUUUCCGUUUAUUGGUUUACUCUCCAUUGAUAUCGAUUCCGGCUCCGUGUUGGAGGGUUGGGAGAUUACUAGGGAUUCCUUACUGUCGAAAGACAUCAAUGCCCAGGAGUGGGGUAGCUGUGCUCACCCUCUAGCUACGAUGAAGUUUCUUGCAAGCCAAUCGAGUGCUCGUAUGGCCGAUGACCUUCUUUAUCUCGCGACUCAGGCUUCUGCCCUUAUGGUUGUUGUCGCCGACCGGGUUUUCCGUGCCGACGUGAAUGAAACACAGUUAAAAACUUUUCAAGGCACCAUGAUAAGCAUAAGGGAGGAACUCCAUGAUUCAGAGGUUGAACGCCGAGUACUUUUAGAGCAGAAUUGUAUUAUGGCAUGCAAGAAGGUCGCUUUAGAAGAUCAUGUGGCCACUUUGGAGGGCCAAAAAGAGUGA